GAUUUAUAAGGUAUCACUGCUGUGUCCUUCUGCAAAGGGAACAGUCCUAUUCAGUCCCAUUCUGAAUGCUUUCUGUCAACCUCAGUGGCUGUGCUUAUCUCUCUCUUUAUCCGUGGGCUGCUUACCAGACAUACAAAAAAAAAAAGAAAUCACCUGGCAAUAUGAGCACAGCACUGUGGAAUGUAAUCUUUGCAUGAGGCAGGACAAUAAGUUUGGCUUUGUGACAACAGGAGGGGGAGGAAGAGGAGAUACCCGUCACGAUGAUAAUGUCACCCACAAGUUUGAUGACAUUACCUAUCUUAGUCCUUGAUUUCCUACUGGCAUGAAAAUGUCAUUUGCUUCUUUCGCCUUACAGUGUGGCAACUCUUCCCAUUAUAAUGAGAGCGGCGAUGUGACUGGAUGACGUUGUAGUAUAAAGAGCCGCGCAUUCAGUCCCCUCGUAUUGUAUGGCUGCUUUUGUUGUUGUGGAUGACCACAGACAAGUGAGCACGCGAUGGAGUUUGCUCACCCUUUUCAUGUAACGUAAAACCCUGUAUUGAUCAUGGAAAGACAACAUCUCUGAGGACAGCUUUUCAAAGAGUCCUAGUUACUUGACUUCUAAUGGGUGUUCUGUUACCUAAAGGGGGCAGCAAACCUAAUUGGAUUGAUGUUAGUUGUGUGUUUUUUUUUGUUUUUUUUUUCUUCACACAGCAAAGCACCUCUAGCACCUCGACAUAAACUUUCCUCACAUGGCGUUUGCUGUGGCACGGUUUAUGUCUCUCUUGUCGUCAAGGGUUUUUAAAGAUCACAUAUGCGCGAGGCUGCAGAGCGGAGGCAGCAGCUAGAGUUGGAGCAUGAGCAGGCCUUGGCUGUACUCAAUGCAAAACAGCAGGAGAUUGACCUUCUUCAGCAGGCUCAGGUUGAGGCUAAAAAGGAACAUGAAGGCGCAGUCCAUUUGUUAGAGAACCACUUGGACAGCAUGCAGGCCAAAGUCCGCGAGCUGGAGGAGAAAUGUCGGAACCAGAGUGAGCAGUUCAACCUCCUGUCAAAAGAGCUGGAGAAGUUCCGGCUCCAGGCGGGAAAGUUCGACAUCCUCAGCACUGAACCUUUAAAUCUAUGUGACUCUCCUGGGUCGCCCAACAAAUCCCUGUCCCAGCUCCUAAAUGGACUGGCUGCCCCCAUAGGAAAAGGCAAUGAGGCUCCGACAAGCAGAUCUCUGAUAUCGGAGUUCAUUCGGCCUCUCCAGAUCAGCGGAGACAAACCCGAGCUCCUCUCUGUCAAGCCAACAUUCCUCACUCGCACUCGAGCCAGCAGCCCAGCGCGGGCGUUCCUCUCUGAGAUGGACAAAGAGCUGAGCUCAACCACCAGGUCCAAACCAAGAUUUACAGGGAAGGUCCGACUGUGUGUUGCUCGGUACAGUUACAAUCCUUAUGAUGGGCCUAAUGAGCAUCCUGAGGCAGAGCUCCCCCUGGUGGCAGGGAAAUACCUCUAUGUUUACGGGACAAUGGACGAGGAUGGCUUUUAUGAAGGAGAGCUGCUGGAUGGACAGCGGGGCCUCGUCCCCUCCAAUUUUGUGGAUUUUGUCAAAGAUGAGGAGACAUCCUCUGUCCAGCACAGGGACACAGUGGCUAAACAACCUGGCUACCUCAACCACAGUAGCCUGGGGUCUCAGAGACUGGGGGUCGGCACAGGAACAGGGACGAGCAUAAGCAGCCUGCUGUCUGACAGUAAACUAGACUGUCUGAGUACGAGCAGCUUGGGCAUCGACCUACUGGGUUCUUCCAGCAAUGGCACGGGAACCCUGGAUGUCAACAUUGACGAGGUCGGUGAAGACAUUGUGCCUUAUCCCCGCCGCAUCACGCUGAUUAAACAACUGGCCAAGAGUGUCAUUAUUGGUUGGGACCCUCCCGUGGUCCCGCUGGGCUGGGGUUCCGUCAGUGGCUACAAUGUCUUGGUGGAUAAGGAGGUGCGCAUGAGUGUCCCCUACGGGGGCAGGACAAAGUCUCUGAUUGAAAAGCUUAAUCUAGCCACCCACACCUACCGUAUCUCAGUGCAAAGCAUCACUGAGCGCGGCCCGUCGGACGAGCUCCGGUGCACUCUGCUCGUAGGCAAGGACGUGGUGGUGGCACCUUACUACCUUCGGGUGGACAACAUCACACAGGCCUCCGCUGAGCUCUCGUGGAUGCCCAGCAACAGCAACUACAGUCACACCAUCUUCCUCAACGGCGCCGAGUACGACAUGGUGAAGGCAGGGGGCUACAGAUACAAGUUCUUCAACUUGAAGUCGAUGACGGUUUACAAGGUGAAGGUUGUGGCGCAGCCGCACCAGGUGCCUUGGCAGCUUCCAAUGGAUCAAAGGGAAAAGAGGGAAAUCUCGGUGGAGUUCUGCACUCAGCCUGCAGCGAGUUUGUUAUGCUCCCCGGGCCCCCCUCUCCCCCCGCAGGAGGUGCAGGUCCAGUGUGGUCAGACUCCUGGGUUCCUGCAGGUCAGAUGGAAGCCGCCACCUCUGACACCUUCAGGGAUGUCAAACGGGGCCAGCGUGAUUGGCUACGCUGUGUGCACAAAGGGACAAAAGAUAGCAGAGGUCUUGUACCCCACAGCAGACUAUGUGACCGUGGAGCUAAACCGGAUUCAGUGUUUGGAGGCGAGGGAAGUCAUAGUAAGGACGUUAUCCACACAAGGAGAGUCGCAGGACUCGCCUGUAGCCGUCAUUCCACAUAAUCUCUUGGGCUCUCCGCGCCUCUCCCAUCGAACCACAGCGCCACCUCACGUCCCCAUGUCGCACCCUCCUUAUCCGACGUAUCCCCUGAAUCACCCACAGCCGCAGAUGCAGGCUCUGUCUCGAGCCCAGCCCCACACUCUGCCCCACGCACAGCCGCACUCGCAGCCCGUCUGUCAUCCCCCUCCUCCUCCCCCUCCCCAGCCCCAUUUCCAACGCCAGCCCAUGCCUAAGUCCAAGCCGUCCGUAAGUGCCAGAGAGUCUGAAACCAAAGAGCAUGAGGUUGGCCUACGGACAGCCCAGCCCUGGGAGCGCUCCCCAUCUCCGCUGCCUCCCAUGCGCGGAUCCAACCUUGAGCCACCGCACUUCCAGCCACGGCGAUCGCCCUCUCCUCAGAGAAUCCUGCCGCAGCCUCAGGGAGUCCCCAUCACAAACACCAUCGCCAAGGCCAUGGCCAGGGAAGCUGCCCAGAGAGUGUUUGCUGAGGGUAACAGAAUUGAGAAAAGGAACAUCUUUAGUGAACGAGGAAACACGUUGCAUCCGCUCAACUCUGAUGAGGAGGAGGACGGCUACGACUCCCCUCAUGCACGGCGGAGAGGAGCCUCCGUGGAUGAGUUCCUCCGAGGCUCAGAGCUGGGCAGACAGCAGCAGCAGCACCAUCACCACCACUACAGCCACAGUGAGGAGUACCACACGGAGAGCAGCCGGGGCUCUGACCUGUCCGACAUCAUGGAGGAGGACGAGGAGGAUCUUUACGCUGAGAUGCAGCUGGAGGAGGGUCGCAGGCGCAGUAUCAACUCUCACAACACUCUAAAGGCAUAUUACAAGCGUCAGGACUUAGCCGAGGAAAGGGACUGCUGGGACCUACAGAAGGAGGUGGUGAAGCAGAAGUCACUCCGCAGCAAGCGUCUCCACAGCAUCCCCGAGGUGGCCGAGGAGGAGCUGGACAGCGUGGACAGCAUGGGCCAGCGGCUGUGCUUCGAAGACGGCGGGCGGCCGGGAACGCCACACACCCAGCGGCGGAUGUACCCCCAGGACCCGCACAUGAACAAUCAUCCCGCCCCCAACAAGACCACGCGCCUCCUGCAGCGCCAGCGCUCCUCCCCUCGCUUCACUGACUACCGCUACUACUACAAUCCAGACGACCGUAGUCUGGGACGCCCCAACCGCCAGAACACCAAGAGUCCCGACAGUGGUUUAGACUGCGGCAGCGAGGAGGAAGGCUCCUUGGGUCGGGGGCAUCGAGGAUACUAUGCUCAAGCGAGCCCAAUGCGGGGACCCGUGCGCAUCAUCCACUGUGAGGGCCCAGUAGAGAGGCGAGCGUUGGCUAUGGGCCGUAAAAGAACUCUGACCCGUCAGUGCAGCGUGGAGGAAGAGUUCUCUGACCUUCCAGUGACUGCAGUCAAGUUGGUAGACAAGGGUGACUUUAGAAACAGGGAGCAUUUUGGGCCUUGUCGGGUGGCUGGGCCGCGAAACUACUCCAGAGAGGGGGCCCUGAGCGAGGGCCGGCUGAACGAGCUGGACAGGGUCUAUUACAGCCCCCACAGAGAGGCUAGGGCCCAGUCUUUGUCCAGGCUCACCCGGGACCAUUCGCUGAUCAUUGGGAAUUCACCGUCACACGGAAGCGCCGAUCGCCUGGACAACUCGGGGAGGAGGCCGGUUCACAUCGGCAACCCCCCUCAACGACGACCCAUCCCAUCCAUUGAGAUCACCAUGGACAGUAACAGUGAGGGGAGUGAGGGGAACCUCUCACCCGUCAAGGAGGAUGUUUACUUUGGCAGUGUAGCUCGGCGCAGGAUAUGGCGAUCUAUGUCCUCAGAGGAUCAAUAUGAUGGUUAUGGCGGCCGCAGGCACGGGCGGGGACGGCGCUCCGCGGAUUUCUACAAGGAAUCAGAGCAAGAGGAGAUGACCCGUGUGUUUGUGGCUCUGUUUGAUUAUGACCCGCUGUCCAUGUCUCCAAACCCCGACGCUGCUGAUGAAGAGCUGCCAUUUAAGGAGGGCCAGAUUAUCAAGGUGUUUGGAAACAAAGAUACCGAUGGCUUCUACAGGGCUCAGAUCAGAGAACGUGCUGGUCUGAUCCCUUGUAACAUGGUCUCUGAGAUCCAAACGGAGGAUGACGAUAUGAUGGACCAGCUCCUCCAACAGGGCUUCCUGCCACUCAACACUCCUGUGGAGAAGUUAGUGAACUGCGACCGUUUCAAAGAUGGCCGCUCGAUAAAUCGCAGGUCCAGAAAAUCCAAGAGAGGUCUGUGUCCAGUGAAAUUCACUUCUGUUCUCUGCUUUGCUUUCACUGCUCUUUGCCCUUCCUCACCGUCCUUUAUUCAUCUGUGAACGUUGGACUUGUUUCUUCUGUAGUAACUGCCAUUUCCUCAUUGUGGGAACUGGAAAAGUUAUUACAUGAUGUCACUGAUCAUCGCGUCCUUCAUUGAGGCUUUUUUCUAAUAUGCAGCACUGUGCAAAAGCCUCAGGUCACCACCAGCUUU